CAACCACUGACAUCACUCUGGCACACAGAGACACGCUUAUUUAAAUGCCUCAUAUGCUCAUUUUCUUCUGAGCUCACCAAACCAUGAAUCAUUACCAGCUUAUGCAGAUGAACACACUGGUUUAUAGGUCUUAUGUGAUCCGUUUACAAUUAGGGACUUAGGGAAACGCUACACAUGAUUGGAACAGCCAGUUGAACAAAUAGGAGUGUUACAUAAUACCUUAAAACAAUCAAUGCAGCAUGAAUAUUUAAGAAGCGGUUCGGACAAAGGUUCUCUGUACAGUGGGAUAAAGUUCAAUAUGCAGAAAAACAGAGGAGGCCAUUUGAGCCCUGAUACGAGCCCACAUAAACACAGCACCUACAAGGACGGCCUGCUUGAAAUCCUUCUUCUAACAUAUCUCAGAUGUAAGUGUGUGGGCGUAUAUAUUUCUUACAUGUUCCAGCCAAGCUGAUGACUAGCCUUGGGACAAGAUUGUGUGUGAUGCCACAAUGCCAAAGAUGGAAAUGGCUUUUCUCAUUUCAGCACAAGCACAUCCCAAAUCAAAUGUGUUUUCUUACCCUUCUUUUCUGUCCUUAGACACUGAUCUUAGACUCAAACCUUCAACUCCACGUUUCCAAAGACUCAGCUUCAGCUCCCGUCAAGCCCACCUUUAGAGACGUGAGCCCCAUGCAGCCAGCAUGAAUCCACGCGGGAAUCAGCCUCUGCAAAGUGAGUGAGUGAGUGGGAGUCACUCAAAGCCCCGAGCACUUUUAAAAAGGGGAGGGUGGGGGGGGGGGGUUGACGGGAGGGGGUAGCGGUGAGGAGGUGGCUGCUGGGAGGCAAAGCUAAUUCACUGUGACAGAAAUCAGAGCUGUCAGGACCACCAUGACCAAGCAGCAUGGACAGCAUAUAUCCAGUCAAACCCACAGCCGAAGGGAAGGGAAGGAGGGAUGUCAGGGGCUCAGAAAAAAAGGAGGGGAUGCGCUGAUUAAGGCACUUAGAGAAGGGAGAUUGUGUGUGUCUGUGUGUAUGUGUGCGCAAGGCAGGAAGCGGGAUACAUCCAUCCAGUUUAAAAGAGAAACGACAAGGUGAGGAGGCUACGCAGGUAAGAAGAGACCGACACACUCAGAGAGGCUUCAAGCAUAGCUGCUCACAAAAACACAAAAAGACGGAGGGGGACGGGAGCUGAAUUUACCAAAUCUAAACACUCACUUGAGCAGGUGUUUCAACAAUGAUAAGUCAAAAAAUAAUAACCAAGAAGGAAAAGUGAAGUUUCAGUCAAGUAGGUGAAAGGUAGCCUGCUAAACCCUAUGAUAUAAUAUUCACGAGAAAAGCUCGAGAGGAUCUUCUAAUCUGCGAGUGAAAACAUUAAAUCUUUAAUGGAAUAGGAUAUCAAUCCAAUACUGGAAGAAAACUGAUAUUGUGCAGAGAGGCAGGAAGUGCGGCUGGGAGCGGGAAGGGCAACCACCAGCAUCAUUACUUAAUGAUGAGAGCGGGAGACACAAGGCUGGUCUCUAAAUGACACAGAGGAGGAGGAGGGGAUUGUGGGAGAUUAAGUAAGCUCUGUGCUGUUUGCUAUACGCCGCAAAAGCACUGCAGGAUGUUUGUUGGACGGCGCACUCAUUUGGGGCGAGGAGAAAGCUGGGAGAGGGACCUUAAACUUGGCUGGGAAGAAGAAGAAGAAGAAGAGGCUGGAGUAUUGUUCCUGUAGCGCCUGGGGAGGAGGAUCUGAGGAGGAGAUAAGGAUUAGACAGCAAUGUUGUGGGUUUUCACUGAUGGGGGUACAACUUCGAAGAGGGAGGAAAAAAAAAACAGGAAAGUUGGAGUCUAAGCACUUUUGGAUAAGAGUUUUUUUUCCCCUCUCUCUUUUUGGAGGGGGAGAAUGGGAUUAACUAAGUGAGCCAAAUUGUUCAGUUGUCUGGAAGUGGUGUGAACUUUUCCCCUUUUGCCAAACAGUCUUAUGAGUCAGCAGAGGGGAAAACAGUCGGAGCUGAUCUCUGAUGAUGCUUAGCUACAAAUCACCUGAUAGAGAGAAGUGAGAGGAGACAAUUUUCGAGGUAACGUAUUUUCAUCUGUGUGAAAAAACUUUUAUAAAUGAUCAAAACUUUAUUGACAGUGAUCGGGAGUGUAACUUGCAUAGAUGAAAAGAUUUUGGGAAAAAGUAAGUGGCAUCUUUUUCUUAUUUUUUGCACAUCCUAAAAGAUAAAACCCUACAAAGAUUAUUACAUGAAAGUAAGAGUAUUAUUUCUGUAUAUAGACGGUACAUCUCCUCAUACUCGGAGGUCAUGCAAUAGAUGAAAAGAUUUUCUGGGGCAAAAGGGAUUUGUCGCCUCCACGUUUGAACCAUUUGUUAUCUCCAGCCGUUGAUUCAGAGAGUUCUGGUACAGCAUUAACCUUGAAGUCAUAUUAUAUGUCUGUUGAAGAGCUCAAAGCAGCAGGUGGGUGGAAAAGAAUAGGUUUUUAAUAUAUCACGCUGUUUCUCAUUUGAUUCUUAUCUGACCAGGGAGCGCCCGAGGGAUUAGAAACCUCGAAGGAUCCGACUUCAAGAAACAUGACCUCUGGACUGUAUCCAGGCCUUCUCCUGUUGCUGCUCCGAAUCCUCCCCUCUGAUGAGACAUGUCCGUCUGUUUGUCUCUGCGUGGCUGACACGGUUAGCUGCAGCUCCACAGGUCUUUCCAAGCUGCCGGUGCCUCUGCCUUCCUUCUCCUCCACUCUCGACAUUAGUCACAACUACCUGUCCUGGCUGGGUCCCGGCAGCUUCAAACGGAUGCCCAGACUGGAAAACCUCAGAAUGUCUCACAACCAGCUCAGCUCCUUGGGCGUCGGGGUGUUUCACAAUGCCUCCAGCCUUAGGCAUCUUGACCUGUCCUCAAACAAGCUGCAGGUGGUGGAGCAGCAUUACUUCCAGGGGCUGUGGAGACUCGAGGAGCUUCUUCUCUACAACAAUAAGAUUGCACAGGUGGAAGCCGGCACACUUAUCGGCCUGAGCAGCUUAAAGAAGGUCUACUUCAGCCUCAACCAAAUCACAGACUUCCCAUUCUUCUCUAUCCAGGACCACAGCCACCCUUUCCUGACUAUGCUGGACCUCUCAUCCAAUCGGAUGUCUCGCCUGCCAUGGGAGGACGUGAAAGCUCUGCCCAGGUUGGUGCAACGAGGAUUGUACCUCCACAACAACUCUCUGAUCUGCGACUGCUCCAUGUACAGCGUGUUCUGGCACUGGGAUCUGAGAGGUUACGACACCCUGAAGGACUUUACGGACGAGCACACCUGCUCUGUCUUUGGGGAUCAGCGAGCGUCCAUUCGGUUUCUCCGACAUUCACGUUUUUUCCACAAUUGCUCGGUGGAAAAAGCCCACUCGCAGCCAGUGACUGUGCUCCUCUCCAACGUCUUGGUUUCUGAGGGAGGGAGAGUGCGUCUAGACUGCCAAACAUCCCUGAGCAGCAGCACAGAGCUCUCAUUUACAUGGCUCUCCCCCAGCAAGGGGUACAUCACCGAAGACAGCAUUAAUGACACACUAAUUAGCCUGUUUCCUAAUGGCACCUUGGAGAUUCUAGCAGCCAAGGUCAAUGACUCAGGCCUGUACGUGUGCACAGCUAUGGAUAUUAAACAGGCACUGAACGCAACUCGUGAGGUGAAUGUGACUGUGCUGCUGCCUCCACCCGAGUCCUUCAACACGGGCUACACCACACUGCUGGGCUGUGUGGUGACCAUGAUCUUCAUCCUCAUCUACCUCUAUCUGACUCCCUGCCGCUGCAGCUGCUGCAAACAACCCAAACCUCCAGUUAUUCCUGUAGCGACCUACGAUCCCAGCCCCCUGACUUCUGUCUUCUGCCCAUCAGCGAGAGAUCAAGCCAAAGUCCAAGCCGACAAGCGAGUGGCGUUCAUGGAGCCGAUGUUAAGUGGAGAAGGAACAGAGUGGACACUGGAAAGCUGAUGUGAAAGAAGAAGUUGUUUCUUGAGGACAGAUGACCUUUCCUUAGUCAGGAAUCAGCAUCGAAUGCAUCAGGAGAAAAUGUUAAUGCAGAACUUAAAAAAAAGGACAUCUUGUCACUCUCUUGUCUGCAAGCUGAUAGUUUAAAGGCUUUCCGAACAAAAUAAGGAAAAAUGAUAUGUACUGUUCUGUUCUGCUCUCCUCUGACCCCGUAAUGGAAAUGAAAGUUUCAACGUUGGUUUAUCAUCCUCUGUGUUCAGACUUUGCUGUGCUCACAGUCGAGCCAUUAUCAGCCCCUAAAAUCAGCUAAUAACUUCUCUGUGUACUAAGGUACAGAAAUGGAAGAGGGGAAUAAUUCUCAUGGGAUAAGGAGAGACAAAUGUGACUCACUUUUCUCUGCAAGUGUUUUGUGAGGAUAGAGAGCUCCAGAAAAACACCAAGUUUAUGACUGUUAGACUGCAAGCGCAGGAUCAGCCUGUAUAUCUUUGGAGAGAUACUCGUUUGUUUACGUUUUGUUUAGUGGUUUGUUUGGUAGUGCUAGCACCGCGUUGAGAUAGCUUCAAACAGAACAUAUCUGUUAUAAUAAUGAGCAGAAAGAACCUAAAACUCACUCCAACUCCUCAAAAACUUCUGUACCUUUUUUUUCCCCAGACGUUUGUUCAGAUCAAAUACCGCCUCUGCUGAUAAACCUUUGCUUUUGAAGAGAAUUCACUCAAUUUUUAUUUCUAUCACACACAAAUAGAGGAAUUAAGAUGCAGCAAGAAAGAAGCGGAUGUGUUUAUCCAGGAGCUGUAGCUUUAAACAAUCAUUUAAAAUUCUUAUCAAACGGAGAACAGAGGUGUGUCCUGAAGUAAUCCAUCAUUCAUAUACAUAUCUGACCGAAAAACCUGUUGCGUUAAUCUAACAGACGAAAUACAGCAGCUCUCCAUCGGCUUGUCGCUUAUCAGGCAAACGGUGAAGUACAGAAAUCAGAAGUGUCAACAAACCCAAAACAAACAGCAAUUUCACCGCUCUUCAAAGACAGCAUCUCUUUGAUCAAACAGCACAUAGCACUGUGAGCAAUGUGGAACAAACAAAAACACUAAAAUUUGAACUGAAGCGACAAACACUUCAAGCAGCUCGGCGCAAGCCCCCAAGGGGGUACGUUUCUGUGUAUAGCCGUUUUUUUAUUUUAAUUGAGUAUAACAUGCUUCGAAUAGCAGAAUUAGGCGGUGAAAACAGCUGAGAUGAAAGUCAAUGGUGAGGGAGGACGUGCUCAGAACAUAAUUGAGUGGGAUCAGAACAUUAAGUCGAUGACAUGAAAGACCGAGGAGAUCAUACGGGUGGUCGGGGGAAGAGGGAUAUUUAAAACCUGAUGAGAUCAACACUAACCUCAAAAGAAAUAAAUCAAUUUCUUAAGUCCAUGAGUCCAUAAUGUUUUGAGUUGCUGUUUAAUCUGAAUUCAAACAUUGAGUGGGACUAUGGAUUGCAAUAAGAUUGCAUUGGAUUAGAUUUAAUCCUUUAUGAAAUGUCAAAGACAAGCUGCAACAGCGCAUCUUACAAAGAAGAGCAUGUCCUCUUUGAUUAUUUUUAAAUGUCUUCCAGGCCUGAGGAGACUAAUAAUUUUGUGCAAUGUUGGAUGCUUAUUCUCAGAACAAAAAAGGUGGAAAUCUGAAAUCAAAUGGGCAGCCAUGCAUGUAAUCUGGACGGACUAGCUCUUUGAGUUUCAUUACCAUUAAACUCUCAGGGAUUAAGCAAAAAUCUGCUGGACUGAGACAGCCCUGUGUAGUGCUGCAGCGCUCAGUUUAAUCACGCUACUGCUGCCUUGUUAUAUUAAGCAAAGUUUUUAAUGUUUUCACAAUGCUGAGCAACAUUUAAAUUCCUGAACAAGGAUUACAUAACGUCCAUGUGAUGUAACAUCUUAUGUUCGAGUCAGUCGGGACCUGUUGUUUUUCAGGGACAGUGUACUACAGACAUUACACAGUUAGUGUGAUGGGUUGGGGUUAGGUUUUAGGAGAUUACCACCAGGAUAAAAAACAGGUACUUUCUCAAUUUCACUGUUUUAAAUCCCUUUAAUCUGGUUCUACUCCCUGACACGACACACAGCUAGGUUGGGAUUUAUUGUUUCUGAUAUGAUUAGCAGACGAGCUGAAACACUGAGGACACGAUGCGAGCAUUUCAUUAAGGGCUUUCUAUUUCACAGAGGGUGCGCAGGUGACCCUGGUUAUGUAAGCACUCUGCUGAUUUAGGGAAUCAACCUCGGUGGAGGCGGUGUGUCGGAGUGAGAGAGAGGGAAGUUUGUGUCCUGAUGCCAUUUGGUAUCCAGCAUUUUAUUUUAACCUUGUGACAGCAAGUACUUUACUGAUAAUGCGAGGGCUUUGCAGCGCAUUUUGGAAAAAAAAUAAAGGGUAUAAAUAGACUCUAUGAAGGAUACUUUUGCUUUAUCAGAUUGCAACACAUGACUGCUUGUAUGAAACUGAUGAAGGAUAUGCACAUAUCUUGGAGUGUUACGAUAUUUUAACCUGCAGCACUUACAGAAAGACUCUAAGAUUACACCUAAUUUUCAUGUCUGUGAAAAAGGAGCAUCCAGUACGGCUCAGUCUGUCUGUAAUUUACCCGAAACUGCUCUUACAAAUUACCUAGAUGUAAAGGAAGCACUCCUUGAUGCUAUAAAAGAUGCCCUUCUCCAAAGCACAACACUCAUCAAGCCGCAAUUAAAGCAUGCACUUCCCUUUCCAGAUUAAUUGUUUCCCCCGGUUUCCUCAAUCUCAAAGGGAUUCGAAAUCAUCUUAUUCAAGAAUCUAAUUACCCUGAAACGAGGAGUUUUACUCUGAAUAGCACAAGUUGAAUUGGCUUCCACCAGUGGAGGCCUGCCUCGACUGUCAACAGGGGCUAUUACUGAACUGUCACAACAGUCAUCAGGCAGAAGUGGAGGCAUCCAGCUGUGGCAGAUACAUACGCAUCUUUCAGACGCCCACAUACACAGGCUGAGUGGAGGCCCAGUGUCACCAAACCCACGAAAACUCUUAUUUCAUUCUAAUUGGACACAUUGCUAAGGAUGUCUGCUCAAGACACUCACACACAGGAUUCGUUUUAGAACAAUUCUCACCCUGCACAUAAUACUGCAAGUUUUUUUUUUUAAGGGGUAGGCUAGUUUGCUUCCCAAAAAAGAGUGAAAUAAAUGUGGACCGCUGCAGCCUAGACAACAGGCUGUUCAUCAUACCUCUGAAUUGGAUAUGCUCGCAGGCCAUGUUCCAUGAUUUCUAGCAGCUGGUUGCCCAACAGGAUCCUUGUCCUGGUCCUUUCACUGUGGGGUGUGUUGCAUAGGACAAUAUCAUUAAUCAGAAGAGAUGAUCUAUAAGCAAACAAAACAUGGGGCAUGUGUAUUGUUACACCCUGAUAUAAACCAUCCAGUUUGUUUAAGCAAGCAGAGUCCCCAUUCUCUGUGUCUCUUGGGUACUUAUAUACUGCUGUGUGUAGAAUUUAGCAGCAUAUUAUGGGAUUUGACAAGUACAAUGACUCAAAAUAUUUCAAGUUUUACGCUGUGCUCGUGAACACUCUCCUACAACAUCUUCGUCUAACUCUUCCUCACUGCCUGUGUCAUUUAUUCCCACCAGCUUUAUUGUAUCACGCUGUAAUGGAGCUUCCCUUGUUAUUAUCUGUCACACUUUUCCGCUGAAAAGAACCAAAAUGAAGUUUAAUGACUUAUUGCUUUAUUAUUUCCAUUAAAAAAAGACUUUUACUGUCCAAGACAUUAAAGUUACCCCUAUCUUCAGUGUGUUAUAGUGUCUGUGAAGCUCAAUAAUGUACUUUAUUGUUCUAUUUCUUUUUCGCCAUAACAGCCACAUGGCUCUAGGGAGGCAAUAUCAGCCACUCCAGCACUUUUGUCUAGACUGAAAUGUCCUAACAACUGCUGGAUGGAUUGGCAAAAAAUGACACUUACUGGCUUCAGCAAUCUAGCAGGUAUACAUUUAGGGCUUCCAGUAAAAUAUCUCAACAGCUACUGAAAGGAUGGGCACUCAUUCUCACUACA